UGGCCGCAGGCAGACGCGCCGGGCGAGUGGAGAGAAGGCUGGGGGCGACGCGGCGAGCUGCGCCCAUUUCCACCCGUGCCCGCCGCCCUCCGCGGAGCCACGAUGUUCCGGAUGCUGAGCAGCGGCUUUGAGGACGACCCCUUCUUCGCUGAUUCCUUUCUUUCACACCGAGAAAGUAUGCGCGACAUGAUGAGAAGUUUCUCUGAACCUUUUGGAAGAAACUUGCUCAGUGUAUCUGAUGGUAGAGGAAGAACACACAAUCAUAGAGAUAAUGAUGGUGAAGAUUCCUUAACUGCAACAAGUUUUUCUCUUGUGCCUUUUGGAAGGCUUGGUGGUAUGCAUGCAGAUGUCAACCCUUUUCAGACAAUGGAUCGGAUGAUGUUAAAUAUGCGAAACAGUAUGCAGGAGUUACAAAGAAACUUUGGUCAGCUCUCAAUGGAUCCGAAUGGGCAUUCGUUUUGUUCUUCCUCUGUCAUGACCUAUUCCAAAGUAGGAGAUGAACCACCGAAGGUGUUCCAGGCCUCAUCUCAAACCAGGAGGGCUCCAGGAGGAAUAAAAGAAACCAGAAGAGCGAUAAGAGAUUCUGACAGCGGUCUAGAGAAAAUGGCUGUUGGUCAUCAUAUCCAUGACCGAGCUCAUGUCAUUAAAAAGUCAAAGAAUAACAAGACGGGAGAUGAAGAGGUCAAUCAAGAGUUCAUCAAUAUAAAUGAAAGCGAUGCUCAUGCUUUUGAUGAUGAGUGGCAAAAUGAAGUUUUGAAGUACAAGCCUACUGGACGGCCACACAAUCUAGAGAACACUAGAAUGCGAAGUGUGGGUCAUGAGCAUCCAGUGUCACGAGAACCCAAAAGAAGAGAGAAAAUUCAUCAAAAUCCAGCCGUCGAGAAUGGAAGAAGAGCACACGUUUUUGCAGACAAACUCAACAUCAAAGAAUCACCUUUGAAAAUCAGCAAAAAAUAAACAAUGCCUUUCAUGUGUUUAAUUGGUUGUUUAACAAAGAAAGUCAUGGUGCUAGAUAACAUACAAAAGACCAAUUUGUCGUUAAUUGAUACUGUACUUUGAAACUUUCUUCAGAUUUCUUCUGAAUCUGAAUGUUCUUGCAAGUUUUAGCUUUGCAUUGUUCAUACAUUAGGAAUAAAAUUUUGAUGUUCAACAAUGUGA